CGAAUUUCUAACACGAACGCACAAAUAAUAAAAAACGAAAGCGAAGAGUCGUGCUUGGCGCUGCUGCGAGAAAACUCCUCGGGCCGGAUAGUAUCGGCCCUGUUCCUCGGCAAUCAUCCCCACGUGCCGGCGGUCGCGGCCUCGGCCUGGCCGAUCUGGAUCGAUCGCCUCUACGGCGUGGACGGCUCGAAGGAGGAGAACACUCUUUUCGUUCGGUUUCUCGUCUGGGACGAUGAGCACGAGGAAGAGGAGGACGAGGGUGACGACUCGCUGCGAGAGCUGUUCAAGGCCGCCUUCUACGCGGCUCUCCACUGCGGUCGAAUGAUCCUCGUGAAGCCGCCGGGACUGAGUUUGCGUGAGCUGCUACGCCGCGUCGAUAUAUUCUUUUCUUUUUUGUUCCCUCAUUGGCCCUCGCGCGCGGUUCAAAUCUAUCAUCGUUUCGCAGCGAAAUGCCUGGCCAAGCUCUUGCUGACCGUACCGCCUAAGAAUGAAUCGCUCGAGUCGAGCGAGUCGGCUCAAGUGCUCUGCGUGGCCGAUCAGAAUCGAUUCGUAGCGCCGAUGAGGGUCCGUCUGGCCAUCGAGGAGGACAACGACGACGUGGUCGGCAUACUGGACAACGAGAACGCGACUCUGCGCCGCUUCUACGGCGACUUUUACCUGAGCGAGGAGGUGCGACAUCCUGAGGCGUGCAGGCGCGUCCUCGUCGCCGAGCGCUCCAACAACGUGCUCGUGGCCGUGCUCGCCGUCAACUGCCGCGUCGAUCUGGAUCUGCUCGCGCGGCACUUCGAGCUCUCGGCCUUCGCGGGAUUCAGGAAGUUUCGAGAGCGAGACUCGAGAAGCGACGACGGAGGCGAAGAAGAGGCCACGGGGGAAUGGUCAGGCGACUCGCUGUUCGGCUCUGCGGAGAACAAGUAUACGCAUCGCUGUUGCACAUCGAGCGUCGAUCGAAAGCGAUCGCAUAUAAAUCUGCCAAUUAGAUCGUCGAUUCUCCAUGCCGCGAAUUUCCUACACUCAGAUUCGUUCGGACAGCAGCAGCGUCCGACCGUGCCGAACGCCUUCGCCAUCGAACUGUUCGGCGUGGCGGACAAGCUCGACGAGCUCAAGUGUCAGGGACUGUUGGCCGCGAGCUUCGAGUGCUUCCCCGAGCGCGACUACUGCCUACUGCUGCAGCCCACCGGUCGAGCUCACUGCCCGUUCCUCGACAAUUUCGUGAGAAUAGCCCAGCGCCAGGGCCGGGACUUCCCGAUGAGUCUGUACGCGAGCCACCGGGCCUGCCUCGGGCAGCAGCAGGGCUGCUCGCUGAGAGCGCGUGAGGCGCGCGAGCACGACCUGACCUACGCCGCGGAUCUGCUCGAGGGGGUCGACGGCGCCGAGGUCAUUCUCGAGGAUCUGCGCGUCGCCCUCGAGGAGGACAGCGCCCAGCUUCGGGCCUUCGUGUUCGCCUGCGACGAGCAGAUCGUCGGACUGGCCGUGCUUCGCAGAGAGGAGCAAGUUAAUCGGCUCGAGCGAGCUUAUCGGCUCGGCCAUCUCGCGGCGCGAGCCAAGCGAGACGGGGGGGAGGACUCGUGCGGCCGCCUCGUGCAGCUGGCCCUCAUGCCGAUCUUCGUGUCGCGCCUCGGCUUCUUGCUCGGCGAGCUACUGCGCCUGGCCGAGCACCGCCUGCUCUUCUACCGACUGCUGCUGCUCGAUUCCGACCAAGAUCCUCGUGCGGUACGCUGCUGCUUCGUGACGUCGUUACUAUUUCUUUUUUUUUUUUUUUCGAGCUGUAUAUAAUUGUCUCGCUGCGAUUCACGAGGCAUUUGCUUUUUUUCUUGUACGAUGCGUCGACGAUCGCUGCAGAGCGCGGGAGGAGGCCGGCCUAUACCCACCUGUCUGUCGGCCAUGCAGCCCUUGGAGCCGAGGAUUCGUAACUGGCCGCAAUUGCAGCGUCUUCAUCAACAAACUUACGACGACGACGAGGCGCCCUUCGAUCGGUUGUUCUCGCUUCACGUUUUCACGCCGAGAUCGGCACUCGCCCACAAGGACAUCGUCAACGUCAAGAUCGUCGUGGUCGGGGCUUCGGAUUGCGCGCUGACUUUCUUGCAUCAUCUCCUUACGGGGUAUAACGAUAUAUAGAUACAUAGCGCAGAUAUAUAUAGCCUCCUCCGCUUCUGCGACGUGACUCUGGUGUCCAGCAACGGUCUGCCUUACGAGCAGCGAGAUUAUCGAGUCAGAACGAUGAUACCCUUCGCGGGACUCCACUGCAACGCCUAUCGGCGGCUCACCUCGGAAACGUUGCAUUACAACGUCGUCAAGGGGACGAUGACGAGGAUCGAUAGGUUUUCGUUUAUGCAUUAUCCUUCGGGAAUAUUGAAGUACGACUAUCUUGUGCUCGCUUGCGGACUGAGCUUUCAGAGGCCCGAGCCGACGAGCGAGCGACGCAACGACAACGAGCGCGAAUCGUGGCCGGCCAAUUGCUUCGUCAUCAACGACGACGUCGACGCUCGAUCUUUCCUCGACCAGAUCAAAAUAAUCACGUCGGAUUUCUCGCUUCAAACGAUCGAGACGCUCAUCGUAAGCUCCCUCGCAGAGUCGAUCGUGUUUUACGGUCGGACGCACGAGUGCUACUGCGCCCUCGGCGCUGUGCUGGCUGCGGGUCUCCGAGGCUCCUGGAUCACGCUCGUCGUGCCGAGGCUCGACCGAGCUAGCCGAGACUACGACGACGAAGACGACGUUUUCGCCGCGGAUCGACAAAUAGAAUGCAUUUCGAUUUUUGGAGAAACGAAUAAAUACUCGGUGCGUGCAAAAAAAAAAAAGGUGAAAAAGGCACUGACGGACUCGCUGGUCGAUCAACAAGUGCGCGUACUGAGCGACCACGAGCUCGUCGAUUGGAGCUUCGAGCCGAGCGAGCAGCCCGGCAGGAUCAGCAUCGAGAGCUUGACUCUGGAGGCCGAGGAGGGGCGGCUUCGCGUGCAGAUCGAUUGCGACGCCCUCGUCUCGUUUCUGGCCAAGCGGCCGAGUCCGGCCACCCUAGCUGGUACACACACACACAACGAGUCGCUCUUUGAAUCCUAUUUUUGUUUAUCGAGGCCUAUAAAGAAGCUCGAAAAAUCGGCUCUACUUGUAGCGCUACGUAGGUCCGGUCUCGCGCUGUCCAAGGACGCCGCGCGGAUCCUCGUCGACUGGGAUUUUCGUACGAGCGAUCGGUGCGUGUUCGCCGCCGGCACGAUGGCCGAAUUUCGCCGGGCGAACAAAGCCAAGCGGGCCACGGCCCGUUGGAACAGCUCGGAAGUCGGACAAAAGUUGGCCGAAACUUUCACCCGGAUCGUUACGUCGGACGUGGCGCAGCAGCAACUCGGUAGCAGCAGCAGCGAGAUAUCGAGGAGCAAGAUGAGAUUCGUCAAGCCGAUGGUCGUUUCCUGUCUGCUUCCCGGUGGAUAUAGAUUUUUGCGCGUCAGCAAGCCCGGCCCGAUCGAGGCGGCAGCAGCACAGAACGACGACGACGACGAGCAAGACGAGGAAGCCAGACGAUCCGAUUCCGAGGUACUCUCUUUUUCGGAGUCGUAUAUGUACUCCGAAUUGACGAUGAUGCGCGAGAAGGAGGAGAAGGAGGAGGAGGAGCGUAUAGUUUUACAGAGAGCGCUUGAAUUAAUUAGAGCAGGACAAGCAGUAGCGGAGCCUAGGAGCAACAGCAGCAGCAGCAGCGACGUUCUGACGACGGGCUCUUGCACGGCCGACACCGGAUACCUGCGACUCGUUUUGAACCGGCGCUCCCGUGCGAUCGAGUGCCUGACUUGCUGCCGCAAAACGGAUUUCGAUAUUCAAAAUAUGAUCGGCCUGUACGGAAUGCACGAGGCCACGCUGUGCGACUUGCGAAGCCGAUUUCUGGUACGCUAUACUUCCGCUCGAUCGUUAUAUUCCGUUCCGUUUCCGUCGUUUAUAUAUAUACGUCGUUCGCGAUUGCGUCUCGUUCGUAUAGCGCGGCGAAAUACCGGAUCUCUACGCGUACCUGCGCCAGGACUGGCUCGCGGCCAUCUUCGUCGACGACUUCGCCGAGGAUUUCCUGGAUCAAUGACCUCUCGUGCACACACACACGCACACACAUACACGGAGCCUGAGAUUUGUUUUGUUCCAAAAAUUCGACUCAAGGUCGUCGUCGCCUCGUGCAAACGGAACGCAAGGGCCGAUUUAAAGGAGACUCUGAGCCGUUACAAUUACGAACAAUUGACGGAGGAAGAGCGGGCCGAGCUCGUGGCCGAGUGCUACGAGAGAUCGUGUCACUUGCGACACCUCGAGGAUCGUCUGAGCGACUUCCUCGAGCGCCAUCAAGAUCGCCUGUCCAUGUACCUGACGGAGGAGAGAAAACGACGGAUCGCGCGACGAAUCCAAGAUAAUCCAUUGCUUUAUCCCAAUAAUAAUAAUGAUGAUGAUAAUAACGACGACGACGACGACGAAACGAGCAGUGCAAGCGAAAGCGGCAGUGGCAGCGUCACAAACGGCAGAAGCAGCAACAGCGAGGAGUCGGCGCUCGCGAGUAAUUCGUGCUCCUGCUCCCGCGACAACGGCAGCAGCGCAACGUCCUGCCGAGAAAUCAAUCGCAACGACGACGACGACGACGACGACGAGACGUCCUGUUCCACUUGAUUGUAUCUCGCGCGGCAGAUCGCGCGCCCCGCGCGACACGUCUUUUUUUCCGUUUGCGUCAUUUAUAAAGCCACGAUCUUUCGAACGCUCCUUAUCUCUUCUGUACUCUUUCAUUGUUAUUUAUACACAGGAAGAAAAAGAAACGAGGCGACAACUCGUACGCGAGGAAUAAAACUACCGUUUAUCGGCUCGUUUAACGUCGAUCGCUAGCUCCCUAUAUAUUAAUUGACAUUUAAUAAAGAGGACCUGGUGUACAUGUACGUUGUGUGCAGCUCGCUCGCAAUACGCGCGGCAGAGGACUUUCACUUUUCCAGCCGCUUACUCGCUCUGCGUGCAAGAUGCAAGAAUUUUUCAAAUCGAAAGUGUCAAAGGACCUCCUCUCUCUCUCUCUCUCUCUCUCUUUCUCGACUCUCCGCUCGGGGAAAAAGAGUCGUGCCUGCACACGGGCGAAUGCCGCUGCAAAAUAUAAGAGAUGACAAUGGUAGCUUGGACGCGGUGCACAGCGGUACACACAGAGGUCGUGGAGAAAUCGAGAGAGCCAUGAUGCGCGCGCGUCGCCGAUCUCUUUUAUUAGCAAUAUGCUCGUGUGCGGGAGAGAAGAGAAGCGAAGGAAGAAAAAGCCCGCGAGAGAAAUUCGUUGCUGCGCUUGCGACAGCGUGUAGCAUACAUUAUGCGAGGGAGAUCGCGUCGCCGAGUCGCCUCUCUUGUAGGUCAAGUUUAGCGCGGUAGCGCUCGAGUUAUAUGGGAUGUAUUAUAAGAAUUGCCGAGCCGAGUUGAUCGCGCUACUGCCGUAGGUACAUGUGAGCAGCAGCAGCAGCGGCAGCAGUCGAUCGCUUCUUUUUUUUCUUCUUCUUGUU